UAUCACAAAAUGUAGAAUAGCAUGCGGGGCGAGCUUUACUACCAUAUGCAUAAGAUAUUACUGAACAGGUAUAAGCUCGAAAGGCUGUCACACGGCCUUGAUGAAAUCAAGGAUAUUGAUUGGCAGCAACCGAUCGUUACUGGCUACUAUCCCAGUCGAUUCAGAGGUCGAUUAAGGAGACCAAAGCCCACGUGCCCAUUUACAAGUACAACUAAUAAAAUUAGCUAUUCUAAGCGUUUACGUUUAAUUUAAUUUAUUCAAAAUUUAAGUAGCAUACUUACAAAACUAAUAAAGGGUGUCAUCGUUGUCGUAUAA